AAAUUAUUGAGUUGGGAAAAGACUCUAAAUAUAUUUAGGACCCAAAUGUUUUUAUAUGGGCUGCCACUGUGUAAAGCAACAUUUAUCCAUGAAAAUUACUACACGCAAUCCAACGUUUGGGGAAUGAGAGAGCUCAUCCCGAUUUCGGAAAAUGAUAGCUUGGUACAAAAUACACUAACCUUUAGUUGAGAUACUGAUAUCCUGUACUUGGCUUUUUUUGUGCGUAGAAGUGUUGGGCAAUGGCACCACUUGGGUCUUCCUGAUUGGCCAGAUAUAAAAAAUUGGGGAGGAACUCAGUAAAGCUUUUCUCGCGUACUCCCUCGAUUAUUGCGGUUAUUCGAGUUCAUUCCCUGUAAAUACUUUUAUUUGAACACGACACGCUAAUAGCAAGAAUACUGGAAUGUCAGCGAAAGUUAGUCAGGUAAAUAUUCGAAUUAUUAAAUAACACAACGUAUGAACACUGUAACGCAUAUCUUAUGUGCUUGAAUUCACGAAAUUUACGUAUUGGGUAUUUUUAUGUUAUUUAUUAAUUAUAUCAGUAAUUUUAAUACUACUACUUAUGAGUAAUAAAAUUAGGCGAGGAAUUAUUUAUAUCAAUCGUUUUUCGAGGGGAGCGACGUACAAAUGGUCAACUUAACUGCAACAGUUCAAGAGGCGGCGGCUCGCGAAAUUACGCGUAUUGAGCGCAUAGGAGCUCACUCACAUAUUCGUGGUCUGGGAUUAAAUGACGAUCUUGAAGCCCGACAGAUCUCUCAGGGCAUGGUUGGCCAAUGUAAGGCCAGAAGAGCAGCUGGCCUUAUCUUGGGUAUGAUUCGUGAGGGCAAAAUCGCUGGGCGUGCCAUACUUCUUGCUGGUCCACCCGGUACAGGCAAGACUGCAAUUGCUAUGGGUAUGGCUCAGGCACUUGGUCAUGACACACCAUUCACUGCAAUGGCUGGUAGUGAAAUAUUCUCAUUAGAAAUGAGCAAGACAGAAGCUCUUACUCAAGCAUUCAGAAAAUCAAUUGGCGUGCGGAUCAAAGAGGAAGCCGAAAUAAUUGAAGGAGAAGUUGUCGAAGUCUUAAUAGACCGUCCAGCAACUGGAACAGGCGCAAAAAUAGGCAAAUUAACGCUUAAGACAACUGAGAUGGAGACAGUUUACGAUCUAGGUCAAAAAAUGAUCGAGUCCCUAACAAAGGAAAAAGUUCAAGCUGGUGAUGUUAUUACUAUUGAUAAACCCUCUGGAAAAAUAACAAGACUAGGUCGGUCGUUUACCAGGGCUCGAGACUACGAUGCUACCGGUGGUCAAACAAAGUUUAUUCAGUGUCCGGAAGGUGAAUUGCAAAAACGAAAAGAAGUUGUUCAUACUGUUACUUUACACGAAAUCGACGUAAUUAACAGCAGGACUCAGGGUUUUCUUGCCCUCUUCAGUGGAGAUACCGGUGAAAUAAAGUCGGAGGUUAGGGAUCAAAUUAAUCACAAAGUAGCUGAAUGGAGGGAGGAAGGAAAGGCAGAAAUAGUUCCUGGUGUCCUGUUUAUUGACGAAGUGCACAUGUUGGAUAUUGAAUGCUUCUCAUUUCUUAAUCGAGCUCUUGAAUCUGACAUGGCCCCUGUGUUAAUUGUGGCAACAAACCGAGGUAUCACAAGAAUUCGUGGUACUAAUUAUCAGAGCCCACACGGAAUACCUAUUGAUCUUCUUGAUCGUCUCCUCAUCAUUUCAACUGACUCAUAUACAGACAAAGAAAUCCAAGCAAUUUUGAAGAUUCGUUGUGAAGAAGAGGAUGUUGAUAUUUCGGAAGACGCACUGGUCGUUCUUACCCGAAUCGGUAUGCAGACAUCCUUACGUUAUGCAAUCCAACUGAUAACCACUGCAAAUUUGGUGUGUCGAAAACGCAAGGGCUUAGAAGUCAGUAAAGAAGAUAUACGAAAGGUGUAUUCUUUGUUUAUGGAUGAGGCUCGGUCGACUCUUUUUCUCAAGGAAUAUCAGCAAGAAUUUAUGUUUAAUGAAAUAUCUGAAAUACAACCUUCCAAUUCAGGUGACAAACUUAAUGCGUGAAUAAUAUUGAAUCCGUUUUCUUUUUGAAGAUAAUUAUGUGAACAGAUAUAACCCGAUCCAUUAUUUUCAAUUUUACGCAAUUGUUUGUACUCUUAAAGUACGUCUUUGUUCGAAGCAAAAUAUAUGAAUUAUACAUAUGAUUUUUUAUAAUUGGUGUUUGCAUGAAAUGGAAAAGUCUGUCCG